AGCCUGCGCAGUAGGCGCAGCGCUGAAAUUCAAAUUUGAACAGUUAUAUGCAUAGAGAGGAGCUGAGACCAGAUUGAUAAGGUUUCUACCAACCGCCACGAAACCUGAACACGGAUAAGCGACACGAAUAGACAAGUACAAGAUUUCUGAAAUACAUAUUCGUUGGAAUAUUACCCGUCCGAAAUGGAUCCAUUUACUGAGAAACUCUUGGAGCGGACCCGGGCUCGCAGAGAAAACCUGCAGAAGAAAAUGGCAGAGAGACCAAGUGCAGCAAACAGACAGAUGGUUAAAAGGCCCAGAGAGCCACUGGCUGACACAAAUAGUAUGAUCAGUGAGCCACUCACUGAUAAAGUUCCACAGGUGUCUUCCAAGCCUUCUCCCUCCAAGCGCAGGUGCUCGGGGGAAAAUGUCCAGCCUGCAGUCAGUGAGGAGAACUGGAAGCUGGUGCUCUCAGAUCCUCCCACAGACAAGAAACCUCCAGUCGGACCAGCCAGCGUCCGACUUUCCUCCUCUCUGGAGAAGACUGCUCCCCGUCCUGCUAUUCACUCUCAGCCAGGGCAGCUGAAAACUCUAGAGCCAGAGCCAGAGAAGGUGCCUGUCAUCAAUGUUCCCGAUGAUCUGGGCAGCAGAGAAGCAGAGACGACCCCUGCCACUCCAGCCCUGGUGGACGAUCCAGCUCCAUCUGUUGCUGGCAUGAAGUCACGUCUUCAGAGGCUAGCUGAGCAGAGAAAGGGUUGGGAUGGUGAUGGCACCUCUGAUGCAGUUCCAGACUGCACUCCCCUGUCUCUGUUGAAGAAACACGCCGAGGCCUCACCAGCUGCAGUCCCCACCGUGUCUUCAGAAACUCCGCUAGGGAGGAGAGGCAGACUGGCUAACCUCGCAGCCACCAUUGGAUCCUGGGAAGAUGACCUAAGCCAUACUAAUAUCCCUAAAGAAAAUGCAAAAGAGAAGCCUGAUGCAGCUGUUCCCAAGUUAGCUGUCAGAGAUGUGACAGCGGCUGCCACUUCUAAACCAGUGCUCCAUGUGGUGGCCACUUCAACUGCAAGAUGCAAGCCCACAUCUGGCUGUGAUCAGCAGUAUUCUCCUGUCAAAUAUAGCCGAGUGGUUCUCCCAAGCCUCCAGAAGGAUGACACCCCUGCAGUCAGACCAGCACUUCCUUUAGAAAUCACCCCUCAGAAGAGUUCCAACAAGGGGAUAACCAUCACCUCGAGUCCCCAGAAGAACUCUAACCAUGGACCAGCCUUCCCUUCCAGUCCACAGAAGGUUGGCCCCUCCUCCUCAACAUCAGUGCCUCAGAGCCCCCUGAAGAAUCAGGUUCUCUCAAGGGGACUCGACCUCACUGCCAGCCCUCAGAAGCCAAAUCUCUGUGCCAAGCCUGCCAUUGUUGGACCCUUUGUCUCCCAGGAAAAGGCCACUGCUGGAGCUCCUGGUGUAAAAUCUUUCCUGGAGCGCUUUGGAGAGAGGUGCCAAGAGCGUACAAACCAGAGCUCUCCAGCUGGGGGCACUAUCCUGGCCAAGACUGUUGAGGGACUGACUCCCUCAGUCACACCAAACACCAGAAUGGUACAGGAGAGACUCAGAGCUGCCCAGGCUGCAAAAACAACCACUGCAGAUCUCACUCAAAAACAGAAGCUGGAGCGUGAGUGUGAGCUGGCUCAGAUUCGCACUCGCUUCCAGAAGGGGAACAAUAUGUGGAUAACCAAAGAUGAAGCAGCAGAACCCAAAAAAUGCUCAGAUAUCAAGCAUACUAAGCCUGUGCAGACUGAAUCUGCCCCAUGUGAACUACAGGAUGAACCCACAGUACUGUCUGAGAGAACAGACACACCCACUAAAUGCACUCCUCCAGCAGGUGAUGAGUUGCUGAUCUCGCCUCCAGCAUCCACAUCCAGUCCUCUGAGGGUGGUGGCCCAUACUGUAGAGAAACCAACCGAUGAACCUCUAGAAAAAGCAGAGGUAGUCAAGGAGAUAGAGAUGAAUGUGGACCAGACCAUCAACUCUGCAGUUAUCAAUGAGCUGUUUGAUGGGGUCCUGGAGCAGAGUGAUGAUCAGAAUGAAGACGAGGAAGAUGCUUUGAAUAUCUCCUCCAUGUCCCUCCUCACCCCACUGGCAGAGACUGUGGGUGCUGUGGUAAAAAGUCCAGAGAGGAGAAUGAUGACAUCAACUCCAGCCAGUUCAUUCAUCGUGAAGAACACACCAGACAAUGUGUCUAAGCCCAGCAGGUUCCAGAGAACUAACAUGAUAUGGACUGACUCCUUGGACAGCAUUGAGGCCUCAGAUGGAGACCAUAAACUCCCUUACAGCAUUGAUGCAUACAGGUCUACUAGAAUAAAGAACAAUGAGAGACCCAAUAUGAAGCAGGUUAUUGUGAGAAAAGAGGAUGUUUCUCACAAAGCAGAAGAACCCAGAGGAUCCAGUGUCUUGAAUAUGAAACAGAAGAUGAAGGUUCUGACAAGUGAGAUAAACCUGCAGCAGACAGUUAUUCAUCAGGCCAGUCAGGCUCUCAACUGCUGCACAGAUGAAGAGCAUGGCAAAGGAUCCCAGGUGGAGGCUGAGGCAGAGAGGCUGCUGCUGGUAGCAAUGGAGAAAAGGGAGGCAUUGAAGGCAGAGUUGGACCAUCUGAAAGGAAAUCCAGCAGGACAGAAAAAGGCCCCUGCAGCCCUACAACCCAACAGCAUGUCUGCCUCCACGGGCUCCAUCACUCUGCAGGACCUGCGCCUGCCUCUUAAAGCAGAUUUUGUUUGCUCCACUGCCAACAAGCCAGACUCAACCAAACAUUCCAUCUUCAUCAUGAUUCGGGCUGGAGCUGAGAAUACUGUAGCCACUCCAUUGGCCAGCACACACUAUGGUCUCAGUGGAGACACGCUCACCUUCCCUACCAAGUUCACCAUAUCUGAUGUCUCCAGUGACUUUGAAAUUGAUAUUGAGGUUUAUUGCCUGGUGCAGAAACGUGAGGUCUGCAGUGACAGGAAGAAGAAACCCAGCAAAUCAAAGGCUAUCACUCCAAAGAGAUUCCUUGCCAUUACUAAAAGUGGACAGACACCAGUUGUUGCCAGUCCAGGAGGCCCUAAUGCUGUUCGCACCAGUAACUUCGUCCUGGUGGGAUUGCACAAGCUCACCCUGUCCUCUAUUGGCAAAAGCAAGUUUCCUUUGGAGAAGGUGCCAUUCUUGUGCCCUCUGGAGGGCCACAUCUACAUGAAGAUGCAGUGUGAAGUUGGCUCGAAGGUGGAAGAGAGGGGCUUUCUGACAAUGUUUGAAGAUGUUAGUGGAUUUGGAGCCUGGCACAGGAGGUGGUGUGUGCUCUCUGGGUAUUGCAUCUCCUACUGGACCUACCCAGAUGAUGAGAAGUGCAAGAAUCCCAUUGGUCGCAUCAACCUGGCUAGCUGCACCAGUAAGAACGUCGAACCAGCCAAAAGAGAGUUUUGUGCCAGACCAAACACAUUUGAGCUCAUCACAGUCAGACCGCAAAAAGAGGAUGACAAAGAGACACUUGUCAGUCAGUGCAAAAAUACCAUGUGUGUCACCAAGAACUGGCUGAGUGCUGACACAAAGGAUGAGAGGAAUCUGUGGAUGAAGAAACUGAACCAGAUUCUAUUGGAUCUGCAUAUGUGGCAGCCGGAUGCCUGUUACAGGCCGGUCUAAUUACUGCACUGUCACAACCAGCCCUGUUAUCUUUUGGACUGUUGGUAUCAGUGACACAUGCUAUUAUUAAGUGCAAUACAGGAAGAGAAUUGUUAAAUAUUUUUACUUGUGGAUGUUUACAGGAAAAAGUAUUCAUACACGGGUUAUAGGUCAGGGGACGGUAAAUAAAGUCACACGUUUGAAACGUUUCAGUACAGUA